AUGAACAAGCGCUACGAAGACGAAAUCGGUGAACUUGAAAAGAAGAAUAGGGAGCUUCAUCGACGAGUCGAGAUAGCACAGAAGCGCUCUGCGAAGCCAUCACCGCCCGCUCAACUGUCCGCACAAUCGUCAUCGGCGACGCAGCUGUCGACACCGAGCACCAGUCGGGAUCAUCGUCAGUCCGUCGACGUUGGCAAGGGCAAAAGACCAGAGCGUUCGAACGGCCGAACCCACUCUUUUACUGCGAACAGCAGCGCCCUAUCCCCCCAAGAGCUGCAAGCCCUACAACUGCAGGAUGCAUAUCUUGAAGAGGACAGGCGCCUCCGCGCGGAGCGCGAAACGCUCGCCAAGAGCGCUGUCGGCAUAUUCACCUGUUCGGUCUGCAUGGAUCAGCACCCCGAGACUGACAUUGCGCGCAUCCGUAUGUGCAACCACGCCCUAUGCCGAGAGUGCAUGCGCGGGUACAUCCUCACCAAGAUUCGCGAGCGCGUGUUCCCUAUGCGCUGUCCAAUAUGCCCUACAGAGCAGCCGACUCGGGAGCCUGGCAUAAUCGAAGAAGACCUCAUCCAGCAGACUAACAUCCCUCAAAAGGACCUCGAAAUCCUCGAGGAGCUUCAGCUCGCCGCCUAUAGCGUGCCCAUCUACUGCCGAAAAUGCCAGAACACCGUCUUCGUCGACAAAAGCGAGUAUCAGGCAAGCCGCAUCGUCGCAUGCCCGCUCCCUGGCUGCACGUAUGCGUGGUGCCGGCACUGCCAGCAAGAAAUUGGAUUCGGGCGCGUCGAGCACUCGUGCGACGGCUCGCUCGAGCUCGCGACGCUGAUGAAGGACCGCGGAUGGAAGGCGUGUCCGGGAUGCAAGACGAAUAUACAGAAAACGGAGGGCUGCAAUCAUAUGACGUGUCCGUCACCCGGCUGCAACUGGCACUUCUGUUACGCAUGCGGUCAAGGCAUCGUCCAGUCUAUCCGGCGAGACGAGUUGCAGAGGGAGAUUUCGCGACACUACCGGAAGUGUACCUUCAUUCAGGUUAACAUCCCGGACAGAGGUAUGCCGCCGUAG